AUGGAACGCCAACUCGCCGGACGCCGCUGGACGCAGGACGAGCAGCUCGCCUGCGUUGAGGCGGUACGCUACGUAUUGCGAACGACAAGCAACCUCAUGACGCUGGCGGAUGUAUACAAACGCGUCUCAGAGCACCUCGCACGCCACUACUCAAUCCAACGCAGCAGGAGAGCCGUGUACGCCUACGUCCGCUCCAAUCUGACUUUCCUCCUCUCUGAAAUCAACAGCGCUAUGAGGCAGAGGUCGGCAUUGCCAGCCAACGACCAUCACGAAUCGCUUCGCUACGAGCAGAACCCGGCACGCUCGGCCCUCCUCGCGCCUGGUUUCGCCCGAGACGAAGACCACCUACACAUGCUGACAUGGUCCGAGUGGGAGCUGGAUGCCUUCUUCUGGCCUCUCCUUAGCGACAUCGAUGCGGGUUGGUCUCCGGCGCCACAAGUGUGA